AUGAACAACUCUAAUUACAACGAAGAUGACAUCUCACAAUACCUUCCAACUCCAGAUCAAUCACCCCCGAACCCACCUGACCAAUCAACCUUCAACUGUGAUCCAUUAUCAAACUUUCAAUAUGAACCUUCUCAAUUCUCAAUCGAUCAAAUCAUGUUUGAACAAAAUAAAAUGUGGGUCCGUGAUUGGCCUGAUCAUGCCACAUAUCAACUAUCAGCCCAAGAAAUCUUACUUCUCGAUCCUAAUCAAGAUCAUUGGCCUUCUUGUCAAACUUGUCAAACAAUAAUGUUUCAAGGUCAAGAUCAAUCUCGUUGGAGGUAUGGUCCAUAUUGUACUCAAUCUUGUGCCGGGCAGACCUCAAAUGUGAGAUUUGGAUUCAAUACUCCUGUGUAUAAUCACACUCAGAAUCAGAUGGACAAGGAGGGUGACAAGUGGUCACUUUGUAUGGGUUGUAACACGAAUUUGUUCAACGUUUCGGAUACGGUACUUUGGCCUCAUGGGCAAUUUUGUUCCACCAAAUGUUCGGAAAACGCCAACAGGCGGGUGGAAGCAAGAUUAAUGUUUGAUGGUCCAGUGAGGACAUUCACAGUGGCACAGACUAUGACAAUGGCUCGGUUUGGUCGAACUUGCUCAAAUUGUGAUACUUGUGAGAACAAAAUGAUCGAUGUUGAAAAUACGAACUGCUGGCCGCAUGGUACUAAAUGUUCCACGGCUUGCACGACUAGGAGGAAAUGA